UGGCGUCUUAGUAACAAGUGGACAGCAGGUACCUGUAUGCUACUUAAAUAGGUGAUUUGACACAUAUUUUCAUUAAUCGGCCUAGCUGUAAACCUGUGCAUUAUAGCAAUGGAUUAUCAAACUCUGUAAAACAUCUGAUAUUGGAAAUAGAGAGUACAUGAAAGAAUGGCGUCGAAGAAAAAGAUGGCCACUACGAUACCAAAAGGAAAAGGUGCAGAUGCUGUUAAAAAUGUAGAGAGACAGUCUUCAUUUACCCACUACGAACUAGGCACUGAGGAAAAACUGGAAAGAGAAUUCUCAUUUAGCAGCUUUGAUGAAUCUAUUGAUGGGAGAGAUUUAGAUGGUAUAAACCAAGAAAGAAGGUACUCAUUUGCCAGCUUCUCGAGUGGAUCUGAAGGACCACCUGUGCAAGAAAAUGUCGAAAUGCCACAGAAAAUAUCUAAGAAAGCUCCAAUCUCAAAAAAACGGGUUGCGUCUUUUGCUCCCCCUUCUGCUCCUCCUCCUCCUCCAGCUCCUCCUCCAUCCUCCAAAAAGUUUUCUGAAGUACCUGAUUAUCUGAAGUGGGCUGUUUCUAACGAGAAUAAACCCAAGAUAGCUGCUGCAGAUCUUCUGGCUUCAAAACAGAGGUUACGUCAUACUAAACCAAGAGAGCCAGUGAAUUUGGACAGAACAAAUUUGUUUGACAAAUUUAAAAUUGAAGAUCAUCUGUGCAUGUAUCUUGUUAUGGACCAUUUGGAGAGUAAGAUCACAGAAUGGUCUCAAAUCCAAGUAUUGAACUUGGCAGGUGUGGAGCAGGUCACAGAUAUGUUUUUCCUGGCGAUGAAGUUUCAGCAGGUCAGACUGCCUGGCCUGAGUUCUCUGACACUGACAGGUUGCCAUAACAUCACUGACGAGGGGAUCCGUUGGCUGAGUGAUAUGCCAAAUCUUAAUCUAGAUGAGAUUACAUUAAAAGGCUGUAAACAUUUGACCACCAGAAGCAUUUUCCGACUGUUUGGUAGGCACAGCCCACCUAACUUUAUAGACCUUGCCUCAACAUCGUGUGGGUUUUUUCCAAGCCAUCUGCCAGCAAAGUAUAUUUCCCAAGUGAACUUAAAGGGUUGCCCUCUGAUAUCACCGCCCUAUGAUGACUACAGCAAAAGGACUGCCAGUUCCUUGAUAGAUAAAACAUUAGAAUCGUAUAACACCUACAAGCUGUUGGUUCUACAUGAUCCAGAAAGUACACCCAAAACUGGACUUUUCACCAAACAGCCUCUGGAUGCUGACCAUGUAUUGAGUGUCCAGAGGGAUUGGGUACUGAACACUGGAGCUGACCAGAAGUCAUCCAAGAUGUGCUACAAUGUGUACGAGUUUUUCACAGGAAAGGGCUGUGAGAACUGGGUGCUGAGUAACGGCUGUGUCAUUGUACUGCCGUUCUCCAACACAGACGACAUAACAGCAAAGAGACUAGCAUCACAGAUCAUGUCAGUUAUUGGCCAGUACCCAGAGAAUGCAUUUGUUUUGGCUGAUCUUUCACCUGUAAGUGAUGACAAGGCAACACCAAUGCUGGACAAAGUCAAAGAGAUCCUGAAAGGCUUAGCAGACUACAUAGCCGGCUCACGGACAUACAGAAGUCAAGAAGAUAAGUGGGUUUUAACAGAACACAACUUUGAUGACCAAAUACAGAUGGGAUUGAAUCAGAGCCUCUUUGACAGCCUGACUCAGCUGUUGGUCAGCCAUCAGGAACUCCUAUGUACUGUCAGCCUGGCAAAAGACCAAGAACAUUCGUUCCUGAAAACAGCGACUGAACAUUUAGGGGUUGUCUUUCCUUGGCAUCAAGUGCAGAUGCUCUCUCUGACAAUAAGGGCCUUUGAUGUAAUAUUGAAGACAGGAAAGAAUAUGCCGCUUGUUUCUUCUUUGUCUGACAUAAAGAAAGCUUGUCCUGUUGACAUAAAGUUCACCUUUAACCCCCGCUCAGGCUACAGUGAGAUAGGCAUGGCGCUAGAGGUCCUCCAUGACAAGGGUGCCGUUGUGUACUUCCCAAAUAUGAGCAGGAAGCCAGCUGUGCAGAAUAUUGAAAGUUUGGUGAACCUAGUCAGGCUGGGGGGUAUUAUGCCCCAUCGAGUGGACAUACCUGGGCUCGGGCCAGAAACCCCCUGCUGGAGGAGGGACGACUUUAAAGCCUUCUACAAAAACCUCUCAGAUGAGCAGAUCAACCUAUUUCUAGACGUCCUGACAGAGCAGGGUUUGGUGUUUAGGUUCCCAUGUUCCCUCAAGGACCCAAAGUUUAAAGACACACUUGUCUAUGUGAUGUCUGAGGACCUCCCUAAAGAUCCUGAUACACCAGUAGAUGAAAUUUGGCUACCAGACUUACAAACUGGAUUUGUACAGAGAGAUGCUUAUCUCACCUUCCCUUGUCUGCCCCAUUGGCUAUUCCCCUGCUUUCUCAGAAAGUUACAGGAGACCUCCCAGAUUGUGUUGAUGUGGAAGUCUGGACUCCUCAUGCGUCAGGGCCCUGUCAUGGUCCUGGUGGAACUCCUUACUAACGAGAUCAGUCAAGAUCUACCAGCCAUUGUGAUAAGUGCCCGGGUGGCCGACUCUAAAUUGUUUGAUACUCUAUUCAUCACUUUCAACAACGUCAAGACAAUUUUGGAAGCCAUGAUGCACUCAAGAAGAGUAUUUGCUGUGAAAACGAUUUGCUGUAAGAUCUGUAACCCGACCAAAAACAGGAGGCAUGCCCUGAGUGCUGAACACAACUGUUGUCAUGUGAAGGAGAUGGAUGUCAAAGUGAGCGAGAACGUGAUCAAGUGUAGAAAAAAAGAAAAGGAAGUCAUGAUCACCAAACAGGAGUUUGUUGGCUCUGAUCUGACUCCCCAGGAGCAUGUCCCCAACCACUGUGAUAUGACGCUGUUGACACCCGCUGAUAACAACACAAUGUCCAUGUCGGCCCGAUGUUACUUAUGUAACAACUGUAGUCUCAGGGGAAUGAACUGCAAGAACAAUCUACGUAAUGGCAUCAGUAGCAAACAUUGUAGCUGUAACAAUGAGCUAAAGCUUUGUGCAUACUGUGGUGUGUGUAAAGAUUGUCUACAAACACUGUCGAAUGCCCAUGCCACAGUUCAACCCUGCUUCCGUGGCAAACUUUCAAAUUUAGCAACUGUGAAGCGGGCUGGAAGCAACCUAAGUUUCUCCACAGAGAAUGGUAGCUACACCUUCCCUGACCCGCUCAACCUGCUGCAUUGUAACCGCCUGGGUAUCUGCAUGAACCGUGGGUGUCACUAUACCGUCACCAUCACUAGUCCUAACCAUAGACUGGAAUACAUGACAGGAGAAGGCAAGAUCCAUGUGGAUGGUGAACAGAAGGAUGUGGAUACAAAAGACAAAUUGGAUUGUAAAAUGAAUGACAUUUUGGACUUUGAACUUGAUGUGGUUGAGACAGGUGGCAUCAUGACCCAGGUGCUGAAGAUCAGCAGAAAUUCAGAGAUGAUCUUCUGGAUGAAGCAUACAGACAGUAAUGCUACUGUUACCAUCACCCCAAACAAACCCGGAAACAUCCUCAUAUAUACACCAAACCUAAUGAGAAUGGAGGAGAUUGAUACAACAAAGGAGGAUGUGUUCCAAGAUGGAGUACUGAAGUGUUGUGGUCCCUUCCCCACAGUAAUAGAGAGGCAGAUGUCCAUCAUGUACCCCACUGUGGAAAACAUGCUGUUCAAGAACCAUGUUGUUGACUUUACUGGCUCUACAGGCGUGUUAUUACCAGACACUGUGACCUGGAAAAAUGUGUUAUACCCUUCCCUACAGACACUGAUAGGUCAACAGACAUACCACCCAUUGUGUAUGACCAGAUCUAACACUGGUAUGGAGACAGAGGACAGUCAUGACGAAUGGCUGAGAAUAAACCUGAUCCAUCUCGUAAACGCAACUGGCUACAACCUUGAUUCAGAGGCUGCAAAGAUUAGUGCCCAUCUUAUCUGGGGUUGGCACUGCCUCCUGAUACACUACCCACAGCUGGACUUACCUCCCUAUGACCUGUUGCUUCCGGAGUUGGCAUCAAAUCCAGACAAGAAAUACAACAAUAUCAGGGUUGGAAAAGGAUUACAGGAAGUACUCAGAAUCGCUGCGAUCUACAUGGUGUCAAGUUUUGAUAAGGAACAUUUUGGCUUGGCAAAGUUUAAGAAGAGGAGUACAUUUGAUGAGAUUGCUCUGGAACUUCAGCUUUCUGUUGAAAAGAAUGGAGAGAAAACUGGCCUUUUGCCAAUAGAGAGUUCAAUGGUGCCUGGUCGCAUGCUGUACAUCUGUCCCGGACAUGCAGCUUGUUGGCAGAUCGGGCUGGAACUCUCCGAUAUUCCUAUCGAUUUGUUCCAGGGAUAUUCCAACUUCAUGACUUCUAUCAAACUACCCAACAAUCAUUUGACGUCCAUCCCGCCUGAAGUGUUCUUAAAUCUUCCUCAUCUACUAAAAAUUGAUGUCAGUGAGAAUUUUCUCGAUUCACUACCAGAAACAAUAGGACAGUGUGUCAAUUUACACUAUUUGGAUCUGGCAGAGAAUAACCUGCUUGACCUGCCCGCCUCAUUGAGUAACUGUAAAAGGAUCUGUCGGAUAGACAUCAGUGAGAAUAGAAUGGAGGUCCUUCCACCUGUGCUUGUAGAGAUGCCAGGUCUGAGAAGACUGAUUGCCAAUGACCUCCUGUUGACAAGUUUACCUGAAAAUAUUGGUGACAUGCCCAUCCUAGAUGUCUUGUACAUGAAUGGAAACUGCUUAUCAAAACUCCCAAAAAGUUUUGCUAAACUUCAGAAAUUGAAAGAGCUUUCCCUUGCAGGUGUGAUGUGGAUGAAAAACAAAGCUAGACAGUUCCAUUCCAGAUCCUACUUUGAGACGUUUCUGGAAGGGAGAGGAAUCAAACGUUGGAUGGCAGCAUUGCCUGAUGUUGAGAAAGUGAAUGAUGAUGAUGUGUUCCAGUUGUUUGAUAUAGACAGCAGUGGGACUCUGGACACUAAGGAGAUAGCUAGGCUGAAUGCUAGUCUCUUCUCCAUCUUCCCCAGGUUUGGCUACAAGGGCAUAGACCCUCCAGAUGACAACACUCCAAGUGGAUUUCCAGAGGAGAUUCUAGCACUUAAGAAUCUGACUUACCUCAAUCUUCAGUACCAAGGGAUUGUCCACAUACCAGCAGGCAUCCAGAACCUGGAGAAGCUGGAUAACUUAACACUGGCCUUCAACCCUAACCUUUUGUCCAUUGCUGCAGAGGCUGGCCGUUGUCCACUGAAGAGGUUAAUCAUGGAAGAGUGCCCCUUGUUGAAAACACCUCCAAAGGAGAUCAGGGAGCGAGGCUUUAACACAACCUAUGCCUACCUUAAACGCCUGCUGACAGGAUCUGUGGACUGUAAACGAACCAAACUGAUGUUGGUGGGUCUGGGAGGAGCUGGUAAAACCAGUUUAGUGAAAGCUCUAAUGUCCAGCAUGCAUGAGGGAUCCAAUUUGACAGGAGCAGAUUCUAUAACUGAUGGUAUUGACAUCUGUACCUGGGAUGUGGACUACAAGGGAGAUACAGUAUCCUACAGUGUAUGGGACUUUGCUGGCCAGACAGUCUACUACAACACACAUCAGUUUUUCCUGUCAGACCGAGCUGUGUAUCUGCUGCUGUGGAAUAUAAGACUUGGACAUGAACAUGCUGGGCUGAACUUCUGGCUCAACUCCAUCACAGUACACGCCCCUAAGGCCCCCAUCUUUGUGGUGGGCACCCACACUGACCAGAUGACCAAGGUCGAGUUACCUAUGGAUGAAAUGAGUCAAACUUAUCACCAAAUAGAGGGAUUCCACUUUGUUAGCUCAAAAGAUGGAAAAGGUAUCCCUGACCUGAAGGAGGCAUUGUUUAAAGCAACACUACAACAGGAGUACAUGGGAGAGAAGAUUCCACAGGCGUGGCUUCAGUUUGAGUCAAUCAUUACAAAGGAGAAGGUUACAAAUAGCAAAGAUGUGCUGUCGUACAAGGAAGUAGAGACUUUGGCUACAGAGGUGGGAAUAGUGGACAGUGUUGAGGUGGCUCAAUCGAUUCAGUUCCUACAUGAUCUUGGCUCCGUUCAGCACUUCCAGAAUGAGUAUCUACAUAAACAUGUGGUGAUCAACCCACAGUGGAUUGUGGAUGUGAUGGCCUGUGUGGUGUCCGUCAAACAGACCUUCAUUCAGGAUGGCCAUCUGAACCAUUCUGACAUUCAAACGGUCUGGAAAGAUUACCCAAAUAUGUGUGACUGGCUUCUGAAACUGACUGAACAAUUCGACCUCACUUACCAGUUGGAGGGAGAGAAGUGUAACAUUGUACCAUGUCUCCUUCCAGAGAAACGCCCAGAGUUUAAAUGGCCAGAGAUGAACAAAGAUGAAGGAAUCUAUGAGACGACGAUGAUCUACAGGUUUGACUAUCUACCAGCUGGCCUGUUCAAUAGGGGACAGGUGAGGCUACACGGGUAUUCAGAAGACUCCUUUAUCUGGAAGAGAGGGUCGUUCCUGAAGAAAAAUGGCCAGAUAGCCUUGAUACAGCAGAUCAAGGACUCAGAGUUAAAUGUGAGAGUUCAGGGAAUGAAGCCGGACAACCUGCUGUUCUUCAUCCACGAGGUGUUUGAAGGUCUGAUCAAUGAGUCCUUCCAUGGUGUUGCCUACGAUUACGAGAUACCUUGUCCAGAUUGUACCAAGCAGUAUGUGAAAGACCCCCACAUGUUCAAGGCGUCAGGUAUCCGUCGUGCUCUAGAAUUGAAAGCACCUUUCCUACAGUGUCAAAAAUACUUCCACACUGCCCCGGUCCUCAGCCUCCAGGGGACCCUGGCUCCCGACACCAACAGUGACUUUGAGGUCCAUCUGGAUCAAGAUGUUAACAAUCUUCAACACAUGCAAAAUGAAAUGGCAGUCGAUAUUUUCCUUUCCUACUGCAUCAAAGAUGCUCCAGGUGAUAAAUCCAAGGUCAUACACCCAGCAACCGUCCACGCUGACCUGGAAAAAGCGGGCUACUCAUGUUAUUUUCCGGAGGGCAAAGACCUCAUUUCACGAGAGAAUAUGGCCAAAAGAAUAGUGCACGCCUCAGUGUUUCUCGUGUUUAUCUCCAACAACUACGCAGCCAAUGAUGUCUGUUGUGACAUGUUUAAGUACGUCAUCAACACAAUGAGGAAACCAACCAUUGUCGUGGCCGUGGGGGAGAACUUCGACUGGAAGCAGAGCCCCACUUUGGGAGUCUUUGUGGCUGAUCUUGUUUUUGUGAAUAUGAUCAACUCCAAGAAGGAUGUGUACAAAACCAAAUUUGCUGAACUACUGACCACUCUACAGAAGAAUGAACAACUGAGUCUGACCAGACCAGAGACGUCCAAUAGUUGCUUCAUCAGUUACUCCUGGGUCAACUCUCGUAUGGCAGUGGAUUCUGGCACUAGGGAGCUAGCUGGUGCUGUUGGCCAAGUGGACCCUAGGGAGCUGAAGAACUAUUUAGAAGAGCAUGGUGUAGGGUGCUGGAUUGAUGUGGAGCAAGUCAAUGUGAAUGACCAGCUGUUCAGCAGAAUUGCGAAGGGUAUGUCAGAGGCCCGGAUAAUGGUCGCCUGUGUCUCAGAUGAAUAUGCUGAGUCAAAGACUUGUUGUAAAGAACUCCGGUUUGCCCUGCAGCUUGGGUUGCCAUUGGUGAUUGCUGUUGUUGGGACUGGUGACCAGUGGAAGCGUACCGAGGUUGGUUUCCAUUCCUUGUCGUUUCCGACAAUCAACUUUCAGAGCCAUAAUGACAAUGCCUGCUCAGACUUGUUAAAGCUUGUACAGAAGCACAUGUUGUCAGAACGCAAAGAAGACGCAGAGGAGGAGAAGAGGAAGAAAAACAAGGCUAACGAGGAGAAGGCAAAUACAUCUUUCCAGGAAAUGUAUGAGCUGGCCCAGAGGAAGUUCCUCAGACAAAUAGCCAGCUAUGCAAGUGCCCAGGACCUCGGUAACUACCCUCACCUGUUCGUGCUGGACAUCAGUCCGACACAUUCGAAAAAGACAAACAGUGAAGAAGACUCCACAGUGGAGCUUGAUUACGACUCGGUGAAAAACAAAGGAUUCUGGGUGAAUGCGUAUACCAUGUGUGAAUGUGAACAGGGAUGGCACAGUGUUUGUGAUCCAAUUGAAAUGAGGUUCAGAUUUGAUGUCGUGCAACUAGAGGAAUAUGCGUCCUACCUUGCUCGCAUAACCAUGGUUAUGAGGCAUGACCCUAAUUUUGCCCUUAGUCUGUACAACAGUAAGGCAGGUCAGCACUACCUCAAGUUGAUACAGGAGCUGGCUAUGAAAAACACCAACAAUUUUCAGACGAACUACCACAAUUUACGCCAGUUGGUGUUUGAUCUGGACAUAAAAGGAGAGAAGGGAAAACUAAACAGGUGUCGUAUGCCGAGUGGAAAGACAUCUUGGCUGUGUGAAAAGCAUUCCAAGGACAUGAAGUGUACAGUUUUGAGUGACAAGGUGACAGAGAUCAAACAUAAGGUCACCAACCAACCAUGGCUGGAAGCCAUGGUGGAUUGCUUGAGAAUUGAGCAGAAACAUCCAUUUAAAUUCAAAUCCAUCAAGAAAGCUAAAAGGCUGGUGAAAGCUUUGAAAGUGGAUGAUGUUGAACGAGAUUCAAUAAGACACACCAUGUCCCGCAGUUCAUCAAACUUAGGCAAGUCAGCUGCACUCGAGGCGGUAAAGAAAGAAGUUCUCAAGGAGCUCAAUCUAGAAGAAUUAGCACCAAAGGAGACAAAAUCUCCCCCCAAAAAAAGUGGCAAAAAAACUGUUGGCUUCAUUACAACACCAACUGCUAGUAUUGAGGACCUGAAAAAGCAGGAACUGUCAUCUCAGCUUCCAGAUGAUUUACAGGAUCAGGACCAGGAAAAAGAAAAGGAGCAGGAAAAAGCAAUUGAUCAGAAAGAGGUAGAACAAACUGGCAAAGAAUCGAAAGACGAAAAGAGAGUAACACCUUCCCCAACUCCACAGGCCAAAGAUAUUAAUCCAGCCCCCACCUCAGAGAGCAAAGAGAUCAAUCCUGUCCCAACCCCACAGGCCAAAGAGAGUGACCAUGCUCCUACACCAGAGACCAAAGAGAAUAACACUGCUUCUUCCUCUUCCCAAAAGACACAAGAAUCAGUUCCAGAAAAGACACCCUUCAUUCAACAAACUAAAUCUGGGGAUAAAACGGAACCUGCCAAGAUACAAAGAAAUGGUCCGCAGUCUCAGUCAAAACCUGCAGAGAAAAGCAAGGCCUGUGUGAUUGUGUAGUCACAGAAUAUUUGUGCAUCAUGUACUUUGGAAUUGAAAUGCAUAUUUUUAACAUUUAGAAAAGUUUAUUAGCAACCCAGUUAGUUUAUACAUAUAUAGUAGUAUAUUCCAUGAUGAUCAGUAGUACAUUUAGAAGAAUUUGUUUACAAGCAUGUGGGUGCCAUACCAUCCUAAUAUAGUUUUAAGUGUCUAUAUUUCAACCCUUAUACAUGUUUUUACACUGUUUACAACAAAGGGAAUGCAACCUUAUCAUAUUGGAUGGGGUAUUUUUAUUUUUUUUUGGAGGCGGGAGGUUCUCUUCCAUGUGGAACAUGCUUUUUAGAUCGCCUAUUUUGAGAAUAGGGGGGCUAAUGUAGUCACCUCAGCGUCAGCGUCCCACCUUCUGAGGUUAAAGUUUUUGAGCAAGUUUUUUCCAGACAGUGUUGGAUCAUCACACUCAA